AGCUUGUGGCUCAGACCGCAGCAGACGUAGUUCCGCCAAAUUCAUCCAUACAUUUUCCCGGGGUCUGCGGUCAAACCGCUGGCCCCUGCGAGACUCUUUCUUUGCCUUCCGCCAUGCCGGGCGGGCCAGGAACGCCAGGUGUGCCCUCGGAGAAGCCGAAGACGGAGAAUGUGGAGAAGCCGAAGGACGCGGCUUCGGACGCGCCGGAGCCGAAAGCGGCGCUCUCCGAGCCGAAGGAGGAGAAGCCAAAGGACCCGGAGGGGAUCAAGGAGAGGGCCAAGAAGUCCUGGGUCUGGUUCAACAGCCUCUCUGGGAUUCGAUGUGUGCGUCAGAUCUCCAAUGCGCUCAUGGACCGCGUGAACCGCAAGAUGGUGCUGGGCUUCCUGAUCUGGGACAUGCUGGUCACGCUGGCCCUCACGGCCUUCUACUUCCUUCACGACAAUGUGGCGAAUUUGGGGUUCAUCGGCAGCGAGCACUCGACCCGCAUGGCCGGGGUCUUUCGAUUGCUCACGGUGCUUUUCGGCAUCAUCGUGGUGAUGGCGAGGUAUCACAGGAUGGUGGGGCACUUCUUCUCCCUCUUCGUACUGAACUGGUUCGUGCUGCUGGCGUUCUUCCUGAUCCCCAUCGCCCGGCUGGGCUGCAGCUGCUCCGACGCAGACUCCACCUGGGAGGAGUGCAACGCCAUGCAGGACUUCUGGUACGAGAUGAACGGUUUGCACCUCAACUUCCACAUCAAGCCAGAGUGGUGGCGCGUGAAGCUGGCGGGCCAGCAGAACAAAGACAUCAUCGAAGAGGAGAUGCCGGACCAAGACUACGAGAAAACCGAGCAGUUCCGGCAGAUGCUGGAGCAGAUGCGUACCGGCCUCGAGGCGCCCCCAAAACCGCCCCUGGGCAGCAGAGGUAGGCGGAAGACGGAGAGCUUCCUGGAACUGGAGGAGAGCUUUGUCGAGAUGCCGCGAAACCUGCAUGCUGCCAGCGUUGCUGUUGCCGGCUGGCCGCAUGCUCCGGGUGAGAGCCAGGAGAGCGUGAGGUCCGCGAGCGUGCACCCACAUUUGCCGAAGCGGCUCUUGGGCACGCAGAAUUUGGAUUGGGAGGACCGCGACAACGCCGGACGCGCUGAAACCGACAGAAGCGAGAGCGGAAGCGGCGAUGCUGAGGGUGCUGUGUCCUUCUGGCUGACUCCAAAGGCCUCGCCCUCGCUACUGGAGCACGACGAGUGGCUGGUGCACGCCCGAGAACCCGAGCCGCCGGCUCCGGCGACGACGGCGGCUCCCGCGGCGACGGCCGCGACUUCCACCGCGGCGCCUGCGGCGACGGUGCAAGCGGGCAACACCACGACGUCCCCGGAGCAGAGGGAGGCCAGAAGGACGUUGCUGGCGAAGUUCAAGUCCGACGUCUUGGGGGCUGCAAGGAAGGUAGGGAAUCAGAACAUGAUGGAGCGCCGGGGCACGGCCGCGGCGGAGAACUGCACGCAGAAGACCUACCAGGGCAAAGCCGCGGCGGUGGGGCGCGCCUUGAUGGAGCUGGGGCGGUCAGUGGCGGACGGCGCGGACGGCGAGGGCGGGCGCCAGAUGUCCGUGAACAACACGCAGCUGGCACGCAUGAUGCUGCAGCAAAGCCUCACCAAGGAGAUGGACAAGAAGAUUCACUUCACCAUUGUGGAAACAGUGAAGAACCUGCUGGAGCAGCCGGAGUUCAAGGCGAUCUUGUGUGUCUACAGCCUGAGCCACAAGCUCGACGAGCCGGCCAAUGGGAAGGGCAUCAUGCUGAGGCUCAGCGCGGGCGCGCUGAUGCGCCGGGGUGAGGCGGCGCAGUAUGGCGAAGAAGGCCACACCAGGACGGCCACUGGCGCAGCCGCGGGUCAGGAAGAGGCGGCCCAGCAGCGGCAAACCAACUACGGAGCACUGCAAGAGCAGCUGGAGCAAAUGCCUGUGUCGCAAGGCAUGCUUUUGCUCAAGGAGUUCCAUCAGGACGUGUGUCGCUGUGCUGACGAAGACAGCUGCCGCCGGAGCGAGGCGGGCCAGAGCUGGUGCUUCGUGGACAACUCCACCUUGGUGGGGUGCAAGAUCGAGGGGGUGAAGCUCCUGAAAGACACCAACAACCGGACCGGACCUUGUGGGAAGGUCAGGUGA